UACUUUAUAUACACAUUAUCUAACGUCGGUACUCGACCACCAACGAUCGCUCGAGAGGAUAAAUAGAGUGCUCUUCUCAGAAAUGAGUCCCUCUUUAUUAAAUCGCGAGAUAUCCUAUAAUCGCGGCGGGUCAAUAAAUAAAUAAACGAGUGUGUUUUAAUGUCUCUUUGGCGAAAGGGGCAGCAGAGUGGUCGAACACGUUCAGUCGCACGCAGAAGUGUGCUACUGUAUGUGGUGGACAACCAGAAAGCUAAAUGACGAGGUCGAGAGCCGAACCGAGUUGCACCGAAGCCAGCCGACUCGAGGCGAAUCAGGUCGAUGUCAGACGAGACGAAGCGAACUCAACCGAAUCGGGACGAGUCGAGCCAGCAGCGCAUGCAAUUCCGUGAUGAUGGCAGUCUAGCACGAGCUGUAGCUCAGGAGACAUCCGUAGGGGACUUGCUUGUUUCAAGUGAAUGAACAAGAGAAGAUGCCUGGCCACCGUCAGCCUAACUCCCUAGAGGGGCUUAGUUUGGGACGUGUGUGUCAACAGCUCGACGGAACGUGCCGAAGGCUUCAGGUGCUUUCACAAGAGUCAUCCACCGCACAAGUGUUGGCUUACGCUAAGCAGACUAUCAGACCUUACUAUAUAAAUGCUCUGCCAGCACGGUUAAGGUCUCAAGUUGUAGAGGAGACAUCGAAAAUGUUGUACGGGCCUGCAUCCGAUGGAUCAACAUUAAUUUCUGGACCAGCUCCUUUGUAUCUACUGGCCCUGCUUCUUGGGCAUGAUAUAAAGCAGUUGAAAGUGAAUCUCUGUUGUUACUAUGGAUGUAGUCAUCAGACAUCUUUGUUAAGACUACUCGCGACAGAAGGAAUUGGACUAGAAUCUUUGGAGUUUGCACGUUCAGCUCUACUAAGAUUAGACUGUAAAUUACUGAGAUCUGCACUUGUGAAUAUGAAAAAUCUGGUAAGUCUGACUCUGCGUAACAUAGCCAGUGAUGUGGUGCUUCAAGUUGUAGGAAAGGCUUGUCCAAAACUGGUACUUUUGGAUGUAGCCUGUUCCAGACAAGUGACAGACAUAGGAUUAAAGCAAUUGUUGUUGCAAGUAGAACUUAGAGAUAAGGUGCCUCAUGCAGCAAUGCAAGAACCUACCAGUUGGUCUCGUUUGAAAACAUUGCUUUCUAAAUUAAAGAUGAAGAAUUCUACGUCGCAAAAGAAGGAAAAGCAUGGGGUGCUAUUGGAAUAUUAUGAGAGCAGAAACUUUCUCUGCGAUACACUCAGAGUACUCAAUGUUGCAAACACUGGGGUGACCAGUGCAGGUGUACUUCUGGCUUUGGUACAUGUUCCACAAUUGGAAUCCUUGGCAGAGUAUAGCCAUAUGGGAAGAGUGGUGGAAAUCAUGAGCAAAGGGCUAGUUGGAUUUAAAACUUCGUUUAGCCUAACUCAAGCGAGAAGUUGCAGAACCACGCCAGUUCGUUUGGAACUUUUGGCGCAGGCAUGUCCAAAAGUGGAAAAGUUACACAUUUCGGAACCUCAUCAUCCACCUGAAGCUUUGCGACUAUUCCCUUACGUUACUUCUCUAAGUGUGCACAGUAUACCACCUCAAAAAGAAUGGCUGGACGGUUUCUACGACUAUCUUCGCACGAACGGUCACAAUUUACGCGAACUUAAUCUCAGAAUAGCUCAACACGAGAAUCCUAUACAAGUGGACUUGAAAGAAAUUUUCAGCAGUUGCUGCAACCUCAGAACAUUCACUAACGAUGGUUCGAAUACAAUUUGGAACGAAGGACCCGAUCCCCCACCGCUGAAAAGUUUGAAGAAGAUUCAAUUGGGAUGCAUAGUAAGCGCUGUCGCGAUAACAAAAAUUCUUUUGUUAGCUCCACAGUUGACAGCAUUGCAUGUUCAUAGCUGCUUCGAUCUUACAAACGAACAUUUGGAAAAGUUGUUGAGUGCGUCGAAUAAGCACAGACAUUCGAGAAAAUCUGAUAAGUGUGAAAAUAGUUUAGUACAAAAUCUGACUUGUUUUUAUAUAUACGAGGUCAGUAAAGUGUCAGCAACGACCGUGCUAAAUAUGUUUAAAAACUGUAGAAGAUUGCGAAAAAUUGGAAAUUUGGCGAACUGGGGUUUAGAUUGUGAAGGCGUUAGGAUGCUAAGGACGACACUGAUUCGGGCAAAUUUGGAUGUGGAUCUAUGUCCAGGAGCACAUUGGUUUUGGAGCAACUGUAUUCAAUAACAGACUUACUACACCUACUGUACUAAUAAUAAAAUUAGCUCCAUAAAAGUUCGAUUCAUGAACCAGCAAUUGCCAUUUAAUUCGGAUCUGUUAUUCUUUAAUAGACUGUAAAAUUGUCAGUAUUAAACAUUUUCUUAAUGAACAUAAGACAA